AACAUUCCUGUUGUGGUGCUGAAUUAUGCAGGGUUUACCACUCUCCACCUUGCUAUUGUAAAGUCUCGAAACGAGGUCGCCAAACUGCUAAUAUCUGAACUGGGGGCCAAGGGAAUGGGUGCGGUCUCUGAAACUGGCAUUACUGCUGCACACGUUGCAGCAUCCUCAGGCAAUGUUGAAGUGUUGAAAAUGAUUGCCAGCAAGAACAAGAAGUUUCUUACCCAAGAAACAGCAGAUGGCACAACUCCGCUGUACUUUGCGGCUCAAGAGGGUCGACUGGCAACCCUCAAGUACCUCCACGAGAAGACAAAGUGUGAUCUUUCAUCUCGUAGCAACGACGGCCGAAAGCCUAUCCACGCAGCCUGUCAGUGUGGACACACCCAUAUCGUGAAGUACAUUGUGUCCCAGCUAAGCAACCAUGUCAUCUUUGACACCGUCCCAGAUGGAGCUACGACGCUUCACUUCGCAUCAUCUACUGGUCAGAUGAAGACGGCCAAGUGGCUGAUUGACAGCGACGUUGCCGGGACUCUCGUUACCAGCAAGGACAACAAUGGCGACACUCCUGCUCAUGACGCAGCAGACAAUGGGAAGAUUGAAAUGCUAAAGCUGUUACUGGAGAGUGGAGCUGACCUGUAUGCUGUGAACAGUGAUGGGAACACUCCGUACUCGCUGGCACUGAGUAGCCAGGAGCCCGGGGUGGCUGAUUUCGUCGUGAAGUUUGCCUCUAAUGCCCCUCAGAAACAGACAGAAGGACCAUCUCAAAUGACCAUCUUCAACAUGCAGGGAGAAGUUGAUGUGGUGGAUCUUCCAGCAACAGUGACUGUCGAGGCAGAAAUUGAGGAGACUAGUGAAACCCAUGAGCUGGAGAGAAGUGAGGUCACCACACCCGGGAAGAAGGAGGACAAAAAGUCGAAGAAAAAGGAGAAGGAAAAGAAAAAGAAACAGAAAGACAAGAAAGGAAAAAAGAACGGGGCCUCCAACUCCUUCCUGGCCGCAACAGGUGCUGCACUUCUAGCCAUCCCUUCGGAGGAGAAUGGAGGAGAAAAGGAGGUGGAGAAAGUCGUCUCAGACCACAAGAUUCUCGACAUGACGGAAGAAGAGCUGGACAUGUUCCAAGGUGGCAUCAAAACGGAGGAAGGUGAGAUUGGAGUGGCAGCAGGCAAGGCACCGGCUUCUGGCAGUGAGGACGGAGAGAUUGUGGUCAGUUACGAGGAGAAGAGCCCUCCCGUUAAGAGCAAAUUAGCAGAGGCUGGUUUCCCUGACGACGAGCCCAUGUCAACCCAAGAGUACAUGACUGUGUCGGAAAUGGAGAAGGUGGAGAAGAAAAAGAAGAAGAAGAUGGGGCGCAAGAACUCGAAGUCGAUCCAUAAGCAGAAACACGAGCACGACUCGGCAAAAAACGUGGAGGGAGCGGGAGAGAUCCUGUCGUCUGGUUCCCAAAUGGGAUUUAAGUCAAAAUUCCGCACGAACCCCCUCCUGCGGAUGGGUGGGGCUGCCCCGCCCACCCCACCUCCAACUCCUGCCACUGGAUUCAGCAGCAGUGCUCCCAGCGAAGCUGGUAUGGUAAGCACAGAGGAUGAAGACGAAGUGCCGUAUGAUGCGUACGCCCAACACAUGGCGUCGGAGGACCCCCCAGCCUUUGAAGACAAGGCAAGCAGUGAAGAGAAAGAGGAAGGAGAGGAAGAGGAGGAGGAGAACAAAGAGGAUACCGAAGAGAUGAUGCCUGAAGCAACAGACACUCAAGAAAACACAGUAACUAAUUUGGAUGAUGAAGAGGAGGAGGAAGAAGAUGUCGAAGAAGAGGAAGAGGGCGAAGAGGACAGGAAACCUGUUCUGAAGAAAUGGCCUCCACCGAAGGAAAAGGACUACAAACCACCGGAGGCAAAGUUGGAGCCAUCUGGAGUGAGUGUCCUCAAGAAAUGGCAGCCACCUACACCGUCAGACAACAAACCAACCACACCUACUCUACCAGGUUUGGACACGGCACCAAUCUUCACACACUUAGCUUCGUUCCCUGGCGUUGUUACUUUUGAGGCCAUAAAACUUGAUUCCUUUUUCUCAUCCCCCACCUGCACGCACACGCGACCUACCGCACCGAAUAUAAAGUGAAAUACAUGUUGUUUCAGGGAAGCCAGAAGGUCAUGGAAGUGUCCUCAAGAAAUGGCAGCCACCUACACCGUCAGACGACAAACCAACCACACCUACUCUACCAGGUUUGGACACGGCACCAAUCUUCACACACUUAGCUUCGUUCCCUGGCGUUGUUACUUUUGAGGCCAUAAAACUUGAUUACUUUUUCUCACCCCCCACCUUCACGCACACGCGACCUACCGCACCGAAUAUGAAGUGAAAUACAUGUUGUUUCAGGGAAGCCAGAAGGUCAUGGAAGUGUCCUCAAGAAAUGGCAGCCACCUACACCGUCAGACGACAAACCAACCACACCUACUCUACCAGGGAAGCCAGAAGGUCGUGGACAUGUACUCAAGAAAUGGCCACCAGCUACAGCUUCAUCUGAACCAAAGUCUUCCUCCCCAAAAGACAAGUCACUUCGACCCGUCACCAAGACCCCUUCACCACUCACCAUCCCACCACCGACUCCAACUGUCACACUCCCACUGCACAGCGAUGAGGAGGAAAAGAAGUCACUGCCGGUGAGGCUGAAUCCCGUAAAGAGAGAAGACCUGAAAUCCCCAAAGAAACUGGAAGACGAGAACAAGGACACAGAAUUGAGCAAAAUCAAACUCAAGAAAGCCGCAAAAGCGGGUGCGAAGUACAGUAGUCCAAGCAUUGAAGUUACAAGUGGUGCUGGCAAUGAGCUGAGUGCUCUCCUAAAGCUGAGACAGAACAAGAUCUAGUUCAGUAGCUAACUUACUCACACACAUGCACCAUGCGGUGUUUUGGUUACAGCUGUAUUUGUGUUUCGAUACAUCACUCUUUUCAUAACUUACAAGUUUGCUUUUAUUCUAGAUCUUUGUACAUACCCAUGCACUUUCCCAAGUGUAAUGAAAAGUUUUGCUGUCACAUAG